GUUUGGUUACUCACAGACAGAAGAAACGUGUUUGAACCAAGAUCAGAAGCAUGAGUCAGUUUCCAGAAUAAUCUAGGAGGCCUAUAUCAUUUUUGUUCAUAUCAACUGUAAACAACUAUUGAGUAGACGGACAUUUUGACAGAAAGAUGGCUAAGGUAAUCGCACAGCAGACUUUUGAUGAUGUGGUGAGAGAGAAUAUGGAGGAAUUUGGAAUGGAUGCUGACGAAGCAAUAGAUGAUGCUGUUCAACAAUUUGAGUCACAGGGUGUCAACCUCAGUAAUAUUGUACAAGAUUCAAGACUGUUUUCUGGACAAGGAGAUGCUGCUGAACACCCAGUUGUAUCUGCCAUCAAAAACUUGAAGAUCUCUCUUGACAGCGAAGAAUCUACAACGGCAGAAAUCACAGACUGUAUAGUAAUGAUCCGAGCCGAAUGCGAUGUUGAUCUGUCGAGGCGAUGUCUAGCUGGGAACAACCAAGCUUACCCAGCAUUGAUACAGGCAUUAGAAAAGUUUCUUACAGAUGACAAAAUGCUCCAAAAGGCUUUACUGACCCUGUUGUCUCUUACGAAUGGUCAGCCAGAUUUGUUGGAUGAUCAUGGCUGUUCUUUAUUAAUGGAAAUGCUGGACAGUUUUAAGGACAAUGAGGAUAUUUUGUAUCUGACAGUUGGUCUUAUAAGGAAUACAUGUACAAAGCAUGAGGAAAACAGACAGAUGUUUGUAAAGAAAAAACUUAUUUCAAAAUUAUCUGAUGUGUUGAACAGGCAUAAAGGGAGUGAAAAAGUGGUGAUAGAGACAUGUGGAGCACUUCGAGUGCUCACCUUAGAUGAUGAUAUUAGAGUGCCGUUUGGCCAGGCGCAUGAAAAUGCAAAAUCCAUUGUGACAGAAGGAAAUGCUUUAGAAACAAUUCUGAAUUUGUGUAAAGAUUACUCUGACAACCCUGGUGUUCUGAAGGAGCUGUUCUCCACACUGGCCAAGUUGGUGGUGAGGUCCGAGUUCUGUAAGGCGGUGAUGGAUAUGGGAGGACUUGACUUUAUCCUGAGAGCGUUACAGAGCUGUGUUAAAGACAAGGGAGUUGUGAGGCAAGCUCUUGGUCUCAUCAAAGCUUUGGCAGGGAAUGAUGAGGUUAAGAUCGAGGCUGUGAAGAUCAGUGCAUUUGAAAUUAUCCUGGUGGCCAUGAUUAAACAUCAGGCCAACUCAGGAGUGGCAGAAUUGAGUUGUGCUACCAUAGCAACCCUGGUUCUUCGUAAUCCCGCUCAUUGUAUUACCGUCAUCAAUCUAGCUGGCCACCAGUCCAUCAUCCAGGCUAUGAAAAUACACCCCAAGGAGGGAGGCGUACAGAAACAAGCGUGUAAUGCUCUACGAAAUCUGGUAGCCAGAACAAGAGAAUACUGUGAACCUAUACUGGAGUUAGGCGCCGAAGCCUUAAUCAACGAAGCCCUCAAAAACCAUACAUCGUGUGAGGAUGAUGCCAAGGCUGCCCUUAGGGAUCUAGGCUGCAAUGUGGAACUGAAGAUACGCUGGAAGGGAGAAAAUGGAUCCUUAGUGCACGAUUAGGAGUAGUUCAUAGUUAGAAGUGCCUCUAAUUUUAAUCAUGAACUAUGCUGAAAUAAAACCUGGGAAUGUUAAACUUGGCUAUAUUUAGCAUCAUAGUACCAAUGGUUGGGCUUUUCAUGUUCAGAACUUCCUCUAUUGCUACGAAAGAGACAUCUAGUCGCAAUAUUCAAUCAAUGUCAUAGUUUAUUUCCAUUUUGAGAACGGCAUGUUGAAUUAGACAGGAGUUUAUAAAACUCACAAGACUGUUCAGGGAUGUGAUUCUUACUAUUUUCAUUGGAAUUCCUAUAUUUUCACUCUUUU